ACCUAUUGAACUGAGAGUGACAGCAUGAGUAAGGCAAGCAUAUGUGUAGUCCACGCAGGUCAUGAUUUGCGCCGCCUUAGUACCUAACUUUGGACUGUGUCCCUUCGAAGUUCGAGGCUCUAGACUUUCGCAUGAUGUGAGAGUGACGUCCGCGAGCUUCCUCGUUUCGUCUCGGAGACUUCCUGUCGUCUAGAGUUCUUGGUUUCCCUGGACGUAGCUGUCGGGUUGCUCGGAUGCGUACAAAUCGGAGUAAAGUCCAUCUAAAGCUGGUAGAGUUUUCUAGGCUAGGAAAUUGAUCCGAUUAUAGAUAAAUACAGAGAUCUUGUAAUUCAUGGAUUCAGGAAUGUUUUCUAGGCCAGAAACUUGUGCUAAGCUGUAGCGGAAGCUAAGCAUAACAAAGGGAGUUUAAGGAGCGUUCGAGAAAUUGGCUUCGAUAAGAUGACGACAGAAGAAAAAGACGUCAUGAAGAAGGAAUUUCUCCGGGAUCCAUAUGCAUCAAUUGUGCUCUGCGAAUUCGAGACAUCGUUCCGAGACCUUGCAAGACCGUACGAAACGCAUUCACACCUCGUACACUGUGGCGGGUAGUAUUUAAAGUUUGUUAGAACCACUAAUGUCGGGGCGACCCGAACUCCCAUGGAUGUCGGCGAUUGCGAUAGCGCCAUAAUGAAUGCGCAUGAUGAGGCACCCGCCGGCAAAUGUGUGAUACGCUUGUAUCACUGAAGGUAGGAACAAACGGACUAGUGCAGACGUACCUGGUGCUCGAGCGCGUCCGAGCACAUGAAAUGAAAAAUGUAGACUCGAAACGAAGCGAUGUAAAUAUCUUGCCGGCCCGACGGAAGUAAUUAACGGGUGCUGAGCUUGAUACGGAGAAUGAUAAUAACCGGGAGAGAGAUAAAACGGUGGCGUGCUGCGUUUUGCUUUGAGGAUUCCGUUACCGUAAGAGAUGCAAAGCUCGUAGUAAUGGUGAGAGCUGUGCAAGAGCAGGUCAGGUCAGGUGCAGCAACGUAGCAUUCUUGUGGCAUGCAGGGACAGAAGCAGAGGGGACUCCGAUAGGCAAGUGGUCAUUUGCGAGAAUGACGUCGGACGAAGAAAAGGGGAGACGUGGCCAGAUAUAGGUGCUCCUUGUUUUGCCUAGUCUAGUGCUGGUGAUGGUAGUCCUCUUGCUAAGAUCUGCCCGUGCCGAAGAUAGAUGAGUUCAUAUUUUGAAUUGCUGGCUGCUAGAGUGGGUGUGUUCCGGGCAUCUGGACGACGGCACACGGACAGCGCCAGCAGACAGCCGCAGAUUUCCGAGAGAGCGUGAACUAGAGCCUAGAGAGAAAUAAGACUGCCGGGGAGAGGAAGGAGCCGUUGCCCUGAGCCAAGAAGGACGAGGGAUACAGCAGCGGGAAAAGUCGAUCCACUGCAGACGAAAGAGGAGUAAGGAGCGCGCGAGUGCAGGCAGCAGUUAUGGGAAAUCCAAUUGGCUGCACCGAAAAUUAGGCGACGGGUGCUUCUCACCGCUUAACGCCCGUCGAGCUCGUCGAGGAGUGCAGGUGUGUGCUGUGCGCCGUCGCCGCUGCCGUCGUUGUCGACGGCCAGUCUGCGAGAAAGGGAGUACUGUGAGUAAGCUUUCUGCUGACGUAAUCUAUUAUUGUUGAGCCGAUCGACGGUCCCCGUGCCCACUGCACUCGUCCUCUGUCCUCCCAACACCCUGCACGCUACCCCGACACCUUCGACGACACUCCCUUCUUCGUCUCUCACCACUACUUCCAGCACAAAAGGCGCAUUUGUCCUAUCGAGGGACAGCCGCGACCACCUUACGGACAUCGUUAACGAUCGGCAAAGUUUGCAGAAGCACGUCUGUGGAGUCUCCGUGUGAGUCCUAUCCCCGCCCUGUCUUACUCUCUCUAUCUCAACUCUCUUUCUCCUCCCUGCCUCCUCGUCGUCCUCGCCCGUCGCCGUCCCCGCCAUUGACGCUGCGCCUGACGAUGGAUAAUGCUCCAGCUGAUGGGCAACACCUCCUCGUCCCAGUCUAACCGCGGUUCGGCGACGCAUUCAUCCAGCUCUAACCAAGACUCACCGUCCCGCACCUCCUCUCGUCGCUCCCGCUCCCAGCAUUAUUCCGCCACGCCAGCAUCCACGGACCGUCGCUCGCCCACUCGUGCGUCCGACGCACAGGGCCAACCUGCCGAAGCACCCCAAAAUCAGCAAAAACGACUCCCGCACCGUUCCCUACGUACCAAGAAAAAAUCCCUAGAGUUGCCCGACCUGGCGCUCGCAAUCUCCUCGCCACCUGGUGCCCAGGCGGGCAAUGGGGCGGCGACGGGGCCCACCGGACCUUAUCGCCGUCCACAGGCUUCUUCGCCCAUAGCGAUCCCCACAAGACCCGGUUCGGGCGUCGGACCCGGGGCUCCAUCUAGAGCGAACCAGGAGUCUCGUCUUAGAUCGAUCCCGUCAGCUGCCACCAAUGCAGCAGUCCAAAAUAUGCCGCCUAUGGCGGAGGUAAUUGUGCAAGCUGAAGCUGCUCCGCGCGGCCGUGGGAACCCUCACAUUAGAGGGGCUCCUCUGCAGUACACCUCCACGCACUCCUUUACGGGCACUGGCCGCGGACAGACGCUGCCGAGCUUUGUGCUACGCUCCCAUCCUCACGGUGGUUUCGUACCCGAGGAUGUAAAAAGCUCCAUUCCUCUCGCCAUUCGUACGGCGGGAGAGGGGGCCGAAGCUGAGGAGGAGACUGAGCGCGAGAAAGCAGAGUACAUUGCGCCUCGUCGGUCGACAGAGGAGAAGCAGCCCGCUCAAGUGUGUAUUGUAUGGCGAGGAGGUGGAAAGAGCGUAUUUCUUAUGCGUGCGGGAGAUAAUAACUGGAAAGGGCGUCAACCCAUGGAAUAUGACGAGAGCUCGAAGCAGUGGACGACGUGGGUCUCGCUCACCCCCGGUACUCACCACAUACGCUUCCUCGUCGAUGGUGUCUCCACCAUUGCCGAUGACUUGCCGACUGCCGUCGACGACAAUGGUUCUCUCGCCAACUACGUCGCCGUUCCUAUUUCCGGGCAGACUCCGCCUUCUGCAACGCUGCAUCCGACGCCGCGAGAGCAAAUUCCGCCCGCCAGCUCUGGUAACGGCGCAAGCUUCUUUGCCGAUGCUGAAAAUCCUGCCGGGCAAGAAGAUGCCGCAUGGACGGACAGGGUUCCCUGGCAGCUUGAGUGUGCUGCAGAGGAAGAGGAACAGUGGCUUUCUCACUCUCACACGCAUUCACAUGGCGCACAGGGUCAACCCCCUCCACCUCAGCACCCUCAAGCGCCAUCCCUUCCUCGUCACCUUGAGAAGCUGAUCUUGAACCAGAAGCCACCUAGCUCGCGCACCUCAUCCAAGACUGGCGGGAGCAGCGCGGCUUUGUUCGGUGCUAGCGGUACUCUUCCUGUCACUACCGCUAGCGGAACAAACCUCAGUGCGUCAACAAGCAGACGCGUCCAUGCCCCGAUUGGCGCUGCUAGUGGAGCUACUCCUGCCCGCGAGCCUUAUACGAAACUGGACGAUGCUCCUCCAGGCGUCCUUGCUGGUACUGGCAAUGCCGAUGAUGGGAGUGUGCUCCCUGUCCCUUCACAUGUUGUACUGCACCACCUCGGCACGAGUGCGAUCCGUAACGGGGUGCUCGCAGUUGCGGACACGGUUCGAUACAAGAAGAAAUAUAUCACGACGAUCUACUACAAGCCUACAUGACUUAGACGUGCAACAUCACUCGUCUUGACUUCAUCUUGUUGGCUCUCUUGGACUUUUUGUUCACGAUACACGGUGUCACGGAUCGCAUCCGUAUAACACGACUGUUACACCCUCCAGUUCCUCAUUGCCUUACCUUUCGCUACUGACAGCUUCUCCUUCCGCCUAUUUGCCUAUUCAUCCUUCCUCCACUGUUGUUUCUUCUCUUCAACCUGUCACUGCUGGAGACUGUUCACUCCGCAUUCACCCCCUGUUUUACCUGUUUAUGCAUAGACGCGCUUCAAAAGCUGGAGGUUUGGAUCUGUCCCUUUUGACUUCUUCCUUGGUCUCUCUCCACUCUGUCCUUCUGGAGGAGUUCAUGUUUUUUUCUUUUGUAGUCUGCCUGACCUCUUGUAUCCCUUUCCUCUUUCUCUCUCUCUCUGUUGCCAUUCUGUCUGGCUUCACUCACGCCCUUGUAGACUCAACCGCCUUCGUGGGACUCUUACCUUUCUCUCUUCCUCCAUUGGACUGACUUUGUUUUUCUGAUCACGGUCAUGGUCUCUCAUAUCCUCUCUCCUGUUUACCCAGCCCAUCGCAACCCAAGA